AUGCCCCCACUUUGGGAAGAACCAUCCCCGCUCAAGUUCCCAGCGAUCGUCCGCCGCCGCAUUCUGCUGUUCAAGCGCCAGCUCCCGCUGACGAAUAUUACUGUAUCCUCGAGCAUCUCUUUCAGUAAUCAUACGCCAACGAUUGCCCCGCAGUACGGAGCGCAGCGGUUCCCUUCGCCUCCGACUACGCCAUCACCCGCCUACACAACGCCGAGCGCGAGUUCGCCUCUGAGCAGUUAUUUUGAAUCUCCGUUCCAGCAAGAGCCGCUCGUGCACUCGAGCAACUUGUCUAUUGGCACCGCGAACUAUGGUAGCCACUUUUCUCUUCGCAUGCGUCAGUAG